AUGGCAGGUCUUGCGUUUCCAACCAUCUCACAAAUUGUUGCGUUCGUAACUACUUUGCUGUGGGAUCUCCUCAACCUCCUACUCCCACUUCAAGUCUAUACGCCGCAAUCGCUCCCGCAACUUGAGCAGACUGCCAGAAACCUGUUUCUCGAUUCCGGAAAAAUGGCACAGUUUAGGCCUAUCAACACCCCAUUCCUCGAUUCAAUCAGAAUGGCGAAAUCCCAGACUGGGGCAAACUCGUUACCCGGCCGCAGCAAAGCGGCGGACUCACCAGCUCCUCGCCCCAAGUUCAUUACUUCCAGCAAGACCACAGAAUGGAAGAGUCUCAGAGACCUAAAACGCAAAAACGGCAAGAUUGCGGAAUCAGUGUCAGGCGCCUCUCCCUUCAACAAGCCCUCCCCCCCAAAACCUGUCAAGACCGCGUUGGCAAAGAAGCCCAAGAUUGAGCCCAUGUGCUACUACUGCUUCAACACCGCCCGAGACAAGCGCCUCGUCGAGUUUGAUCACUUCUACAAGAUGCAGAAAGGCAAAGCCAAAGUUGAUGCCAGAGCCGAGAACAGGGCGAAAAUCGUAAAGCCGUCCAAGCUCAACGAGCGUGGGGUUAAGUGCAGGACGCCCGCAGCUGCGAAGGCGAAGGAGGAAGAGCGUGCGCGGUGGAAACAGGUGGAGGAUCAUCCUAUGCAUCUUCUCAUCUCCAUCCCGGAGGCAAACGAGGACGGGGAGGAGGGGGACGGGAAUUCAGUGGCACCGGUCUCGUUCGAAGGCUCGCAGUCACCUGUACAGACAGGCAGUGGAGAAUUUCUGCCUCGACGCUGCCAAGAGAGUACUUGCCAAUGUCUCUGGCUGUGCAAAGGUCUCAGCAAAAAUUCAAGACAGGAAAUAUUUGGUUCGUCAUCGGGCACUUCUCAAUAG